AUGGACGACGGAUGCAGCCUGAAAGUUUACAGAGGCAGCAAGCCGUGCUCCGACAAGUGCAGGGUGCCGAAAGAACAAGAGAGACUCCCCGGCCCCAGCGACUCGACAGAUAUACACCUCCCGAAUAAUGCAGUCACCCCGAGCGCUCAGUACGGCAUCAAUGUUUUUGCCCUGGGUUUGGUACUAACAGUGGCAGAGGCGUCGCAGAAAGCUGGGGUGACGCAGGAACACAUCUUAGCCUAUCUCAGCACCCUCAUGGCGAUACAGCUAGUGUGGAUGCUCUGGUACUUCGUGAAGCGGAAUGAAAAGAGAGGGUUGACCAUCGAUAAGGAUGACCACGCCGGGCCAGGGUGGCUGAGAGGUGGUUUAAUCUUGUUUGCCAUCUUGAGUUUAGUUCUGGAUAUGUUGAAAAUUGGAUACUAUGUUGGAUAUUCAAGUUGUCUAACAGACGCCAGUGGUGCCUUUCCCGUGAUUCACGCAGUACACACAAUCUCCCAGGUAUAUUUCCUUUGGUUUCAUGCAAAGGAUGUCAUUCAGACUUUUCAGAUUAUUGAAAGAUUUGGGAUGAUUCAUGCUGUCUUCACAAAUCUCUUAUUGUGGGUGAAUGGUAUAGUUGCUGAAUCUGAACAUCAGUUGAAUGAUCACAAAAAACGAUUGGCCACAUUUGGAGUUAUCAACAUAUCUGUAGAAAAGACUGCACCAGGGUGUAACUGUACUACCAAUGCGUGUGCUGUUUUCUACAAAGGUUUCUAUUACAUGUAUCCCUUCAGCAUUGAGUACCAUGUAUUUGCAUCUGCCAUGCUUUAUGUCAUGUGGAAGAAUGUUGGGCGGAAGAUUGAGGAGCAUAGACCGCGCAAACUUUUUUUUAAGAGACAAUACAAAAUACUACCAGGACCAGUUCUGGGAGCUGUUGUGUUGGCAGCCACCAUAGGAAUUCUAAUUGUCUACAACAUACAGGUGGGUCGUUCCAAAACUCUGCGCCAGUCUGCUGUGACUAUGUUUUAUUUGUAUAGUAUUACAGUGCUAAGUUUGAUGUCUGCAGCAACCACAAGUGGCCUAGUGAUUUACAGAAUAGACAAGCGAUUGGUGGAUAACUCCACCAACCCUACGAGGAAGCUGGAUGGCUCCCUCCUGGUCAGCACAGCCUGUGCCUCCUGGUUCCUUUCUUGGUGCUCUGUGGUAGCAGGAAUUGCAGCAGAAAGGCGUCCAGGUCAAACGUGGUUGAAUCUACCCUUUUCUUUGUUAACAAUCAUUGAGAAAUACCUCCAGAAUAUGUUUAUAAUCGAAUCCCUUCAUCGUGAAAGUGACAAGUACGAGAAGCAAGUGGAAAAGAGCCAAGGGAUCUUCACCAUUUCAACUUGCGGGAAUUGCAUGGAGCAAACUGGUGGCGACGGUGUUGACAGCAGGGGCAAUGCAGCCAGGGGAGAUGGUGGCUGGCAGUCUGCCUCCUCUGUGCCCCCAAGGGACAUCGAAACACACAUGUGGGACAUAAAGAGCCUUUUGCUGAAGAAUAUUGCUGCCUUUCUCUUCCUGUGCAACAUUUCGUUCUGGAUACUUCCAGCCUUUGGAACUCGCCCCCAGUUUGACAAUGGUCUUGAAGAAAACGUUUAUGGUUUUGAAAUGUGGAUUCUAGUUGUAAACCUUGCAAUGCCGUUUUCUAUUUUCUAUCGUAUGCAUGCUUCUGCAUCACUUUUUGAAGUGUUCUGUUUGGCAUAG